AUGAACAUUAGUUCGCUUUUAACCGAUCCGACGGUUUGCACACCGAAAUCGACGGUCUUACCCGGUAGCACCCAGCAACAUUCAGACCUAUCGAGUGACUUCAGCAAACACGAUAGCCAAGCCUACAAAUACAAUGACGAGGAACUUUGGUUUAUUUGGUAUCAACACGUUGUUCUUGACCAGGAAUGGGACAAUAUCCUUGAGAGCUUCAACCACCAAUUUCCGGGGCGACAACGUCCUCGUGGCAAGACACUACAAGCAGUGUACUAUCGGAUUAUACAAAGGCUAAAUUCUCUUAUUGGGGAAAACCCUUCCACCGAAUCUAUCAUUCAUCACGCGAAGUUAUCGUACCCGUGGAUGAGCAGUCAAGUGCAAUCUUCGAAUAUGCAAUCUUCGAAUAUUUCCUUAACCAAGACCAGCUUCAAAGGUCGAAGGAAAUACGAAGAUGAGGAAAUUUGGUUUAUCUGGUGGAAACGCAUUGCUCUCAAGAAAUCAUGGCGCGAUGUCCUCAAGAGCUUCAACCGCAAGUUCCCAAAUAACCGAUCUGUUUCCAUCCGCAGAAUUGCAUCCAAGCUCGAUCGAGAGAUCAAGAAGAACACGCUCCCACACCCCUGUCUGAUUGAAGCUGAGGCAGGCAUUUCCCAUCUAGAAAAGGUGACAUCUUUUAUUACUCGCAAGACUCUGCCGUACCCGUGGCUGCUGGAAGCUUUGGAAACUGCUUAA